AUGGAUGGCCUUUUUUCUCCUCUUCUUCUCAUCCUCCCUCUCUUCUCCCUCCUCUCUCUCCUGUCAUCACCUUCAUCUCACAUAUUAAAGGCAUCUCUUCAAGCCUCUCCAGCUGUUUCUUCAAGUCAUCUCUCAAGCUCACCAAUUUUCGUUGCAUCGACUGUGCCGUAUACACACUCUCCAGACUGUUCAACCAUUGACUCGACUGAUAUCCCGGCUGCUCGAGUCAUCUCCUUUUGA